UUACGGUACCGUAAUCGUAGCCACUGCCUUUAAAAAAACUAUUGCCAUGGCUGCUGAAAAAAGGUCAUUUCCCUUCUCUGAAUUAGAUAUACCAACCACACAUACAUCUGAAAAUAAAUGGAAAAGGCAAUGCAUAUCUUCAGAUUUCUUGAAAAGGCAUGAUAAAAGUGUGAUAGGUUCAAGUUUAAUGGAUGGAAUAACAAACUCACCUGCAGAAGAGGCAAGCAUGGAAUAUGAAAACUGCACAGACGUUCAUCACCAGAAUGGCCAAAUUGCAUUUAGAGAUCUUCAAAAUGGAUAUGACCCACAUGUUGAUAUUAGAUUCAAGAAUGGAUACAGUCUGCAAGCAAAUUCUAGUAUUCAGAAUGGACACAGUCUAAACUCAGAUUGUAGUAUUCAGAAUGGACACAGUCUGCUCAAUGAAACCAGUGACAACAACAACAGCAUCUCAGGGACAUCAGUGUGUAUUAGAUGCCAAGCUGGAGAACCAGGUCACAUUGGACACAUAGGUAGAUGACAAAAUGUGUAGCAGAUAUGUGGGAUAACACUCUAAUAAUGCGAUCAAAGAAAUCUGUCUCUGGAGUUUGGUGAUUAAAGCUCUUCAAUGAAAGGGUAAAAAUGGUGUAAAGUCAUUGUAAGGAGAGCACUUCCUCACUGCUGUAUAUACUUAUAGAGACUGAGGGAUACAGUUAUCGAUAUGUUUUCAAGUAAAGACAGGAGUGUGCAGCUAUGAAAGGCAAAGCAUUGAUAGUAGGUUUAGAGAAAUUAGAAGCAGGGAAGAGUUUAAUGUCUGCUACAGUGUUGUCAAUGCAUAUUUUGAACUGUAAAAUUCAGGAAGGAAGGACUUGCAGAAUUAUGCAAUUUCUGUGUUUUAAACGCUGAGAUCUAUUUUGUAUUUUAUUUUUGUAGAAAAAUUCUUUCUGUCAUCUGUCAUCAUAUUUAAUAUAUGCCUGUACUUAAGUUGUAUUAUGUUGAAAUUUUUGUAAAUUUAAUGACAUAAAUAAGACUUACUAAUAAAUGUUUGUAGUGAAAACUUUUGUUUGAAAACAUUGUAAAGGUUCCUGCUAUAUUAUAUGAUUUCUUAAAUUUACACCAAAAAAAGUAAUAUUUACAGAGGUAGUGAUCAACACAUGUGUUCACAAACUUCACAUGUGUCUUUGGGGUUAUAAAACUAGUUGAUAGCAGCAAGUCCCAUAACUCUGACCUUCAUUUUGGCCAAAUUAUGCCCCCUUUUGGACUUAGAAAAUUCUGGUUAAAGUUUUGCGUGCGAGUACAUACAGCUAUUACUAAAAGGCAUAUUGAUUUGAAACUUAUUUUUUCUUUUUCUAGGUCAAUUACCAACCUCACUGGGUCAAGUCCCAUAACUCUGACAUGUAUUUUGAGCAAAUUAUGCC